CUAGACAAAUCUACUGAAGUUUUUUUUAAGGAAGUAACUAGCAGAAUAGAAGGGAGAACCAGUGGAUGCAGUAUAUUUGGAUUUUCAGGUUUUUGACUAGGUCCUUCAUAGAGCAAAGUUAAAGCACAUAGGGUAGGGAGCAAUAGAUUGGCAUGGAUCAAGAAUUGGUGGACAGACAGAAAACGGAGUGUGGGAAUAAAUGAGUCUUUUUCUAAGUGGCAGACAGUGAAUAGUGGAAUAUCACAACAAACAGUGAUCAGCCCCACGUUAUUCACAAUAUAUAUGAAUGAUCUGGAUGAGGGAAUCAAAUGCAACAUUUCCAAGUUUGCUGACAACACAAAGCUGGCCAGGGUUGUGAAUUUUGAGGAGGCUUCAAGGUAGUUUAGUUAAGUUGAGUGAGUGGUCAAACAUAUGGCAGAUGCAGUACAAUAUGGCUAAAUGUCAAAUUACAUACAUUGAUGUGAAAAACAGAAACAGUAUUAUUUAAAUGGUGAGCUAUUUGGGAAGUAUAGAUAUACAAGGGGACCUGGGUAUCCUUGCAUAUCAGUCAAUGAAAGACAACAGGCAGGCAAGCAAUUACAAAUGCCUUGCCUUCGUUGCAAGAGGAUUUGGGUCAGAAGUAGAGGUGUCUUACUGCUGUUAUACAGGGUCUUGGUGAGACCACACCUGGAGUAUUAUGUGCAAUUUAAGUCUCCCUACCAAAAAAAGAAUGUACUUGCCCGAGAAGGAGUGCUAUAGAGAUGCAUUAGCUUGAUACCAGGGAUGCCAGGACUGUCAUACAAAGCAAGAUUUCUUCAACCCAUCUUCUAUUCACAAGAGCUUAAAUGGAUGUCAAGGGAUCAGAUUGAACAUAUAAAGUUUUAACAGAACCAAAUGGACUGGAUGCAGAGCAUAUAUUUUCCCUUGUUGGGGAGUCUAGAAUCAGGGCACAUAGUCUCAGGUUACAGAGUAGACCAUUAAGGACUGAGGUCAGAAAAAAGUUCUUCACUCAAAGGGUGGUGAAACUGUGGAAUUUUUUUUUUUUAAAUCACAGAAGGCUGUGAAGGCCAAGUCAUUUCCAUAUUCAUUAAAAAGAUAGUUUUCUUUUUAGAUUUUAAAGGCAUCAAGACAUCGAGGAAGAAAGCAGGAAUGUGGCAUUGAGUUAGAGGAUCAGACAUGAUCAUAUUAAUGACUUGACAGGCCAAUGGCCUAUUCCUGCUCCUAGUUUCAAUGAUACUUUUGAACUUUGAGCUGAUUUCUUUAUGUGCUGCUAGAACGAUCCACAACGAAAUGCUGCAGUUCUACAAGAAGACUAUUAUCUGACUGGAGACCGUGGGCGAAUGGAUGAGGAUGGAUACAUCUGGUUUCAUGGAAGAUCAGAUGAUAUAAUUUUAUCAGCUGGGUAUCGUAUUGGACCAUUUGAAGUCGAAAAUGCACUGACAACACAUCGAGCUGUGGCAGAUUGUGCUGUGGUUAGCAGUCCUGAUCCUAUUAGAGGAGAGGUUGUGAAGGCAUUUAUUGUUCAAAAUGCUGCGUAUACCUUGGCUGAUCCUGACAAGUUAAUCCAAGAAUUACAAGAUCAUGUCAAGAAAGUCACAGCACCAUAUAAAUAUCCAAGGAAGAUUGAAUUUGUGAAGGAACUGCCCAAGACUAUUAGUGGGAAAGUGAAAAGAAAUGAGCUACGAAAGAAAGAAUGGGGACAAAGCUAGGACCUAAACCAUUCUUGUACAACGUCAUAGAAUAGAAUCAAUAAAAGGCAACAAUUUUAAUUUGAUUAAUGAUCUUAAAACAAUACGAGUUACAUGGUUACUGAUUGAUAUAAGGCAUAACAUAAAAUGGAUUUUGUUCAAGAUAAUAAAAGGAGGAAUUUAUUGUGAA